GUCUGAUCAUAGGCAGCGUCAGUCGCUGUGCGCGGCUCUGCAACUUCGUCUGUUCUCUCCUCACCGUCGCACUAGGCCCGCUCAUCGCUGGAUACGAUGAGCGACGACUUCAUUCGCCUUGUCUCGCAGGCGAAUCCUGCCACCCGCUACCAACCCGCCAACAAUGGCUACCCGCCGACAUCGUCUCCACCAAAUGCGAAUCAGCCACUGGACCCCUUCUUCGACGAGGAGGACGAAGAGGAUGUGCCCUCGUCAGCCUUUGGCAACGUGACCGCUGCCAUGCGCUCGCAGGAGAGCGGCAUACCGCUUGCGCGCGCCGGUGCACCGCCCGCCGGCCUAGGGAGCUCGCAGGUCACACUCACUGGCACCAUCCAACCGGACUGGCUGGACGACGACGAGCAGCAACCGUCUGGACUAUCACGACCACCAGCCUCUUCUUCUGCUUCUGGGUCUUCUUCACGCCGAUGGAGGCGGCCGUCUAUGUCGUUCGUCAAGCGGUGGAGAUGGCCGUGGGACAAGCGCGACCGGGUCCUCACCGGCGAACGGCUUGUUGUCCUCAAUAACCCCAUCAUGAAUUCGGACUUUGGAAACAACUAUGUCUCCACCAGCAAGUACAACCUCGUCACAUUCGUACCCAAGUUCCUCUUCGAGCAAUUCUCAAAAUACGCCAAUCUGUUCUUCCUGUUCACCGCGCUUAUACAGCAGAUUCCGAAUGUAUCUCCUACAAAUCGGUGGACAACCAUUGCGCCUCUGUCGGCGGUCAUCCUCGCGUCCGCAUUCAAGGAAACCCAGGAAGACAUAAAACGGCAUCAAUCGGAUUCAGAAUUAAACUCCCGUACUGCCAAGGUGCUCACGGCCGAGGGCACGUUCGUGAACAAGAAGUGGAAACAUAUCGCGGUCGGCGAUGUCAUUCGGAUCGAGAGCGAUGACCCCAUCCCUGCCGACCUGAUACUGCUCAGCUCGAGCGAACCAGAAGGCUUCUGCUACAUCGAGACCUCCAACCUUGAUGGCGAGACGAACCUCAAGAUCAAGCAGGCAUCCCCGCAGACGGCGCACCUCACCGCUCCGCACCUCGUCACUGCGCUUUAUGGAAAAUUGCGCUCGGAGCACCCGAACAACUCUCUGUACACGUACGAGGGGACACUCGAGCUGACGACGAACGACGCACUGCCGAAACAGGUGCCACUAGGCCCUGAUCAGCUGCUGCUCCGCGGAGCACAGAUGCGGAACACGCCGUGGGCAUAUGGACUCGUCGUCUUCACGGGACACGAGACGAAGCUGAUGCGGAACGCAACAGCAGCGCCGAUCAAGAGGACGGCAGUGGAGCGACAGGUGAACGUACAUAUCAUCUUUCUGUUUAUGUUCCUGGUCGCAUUGUCUUUGGGAUCGACGAUCGGCAGCAGCAUUAGGACAUGGUUCUACUCGGACAAGGAGUGGUAUCUCUACCAGACGUCUUCGCUCGGUGGUCGAGCAAAGCAGUUCGUGGAAGACAUUCUCACCUUCAUCAUCCUGUACAACAAUCUCAUCCCGAUCUCACUCAUUGUAACAAUGGAGAUCGUCAAGUUCCAACAGGCGCAACUCAUCAACUCGGAUCUGGACAUGUAUUAUGCCAAGACAGACACGCCGGCUCUGUGCCGAACCUCGUCUCUGGUGGAGGAGCUCGGGCAGAUUGAGUACGUGUUCAGCGACAAGACCGGUACCUUGACUCGUAAUGAGAUGGAGUUUCGGUUCUGCACCAUCGGCGGCGUCGCAUAUGCGGAUGUCGUCGAGGAGAGCAAAAGGGGCGACGCCGAAGAUGGGAAGGACGGCUGGAGGUCAUUUGCAGAGAUGAGGGCGCUACUGGGGCACAGCGAGAAUCCGUUUUCGGACGUGAAGGCGGAUAACAGCGGUGACCAGGCGGUCGUGAACGAGUUCUUGACGCUACUUGCCGUAUGCCACACGGUAAUUCCGGAGAUCGUUGACGGCAAGAUGCGCUACCAGGCGAGUAGCCCUGACGAGGCUGCACUCGUUGCCGGCGCGGAGCUGCUCGGAUACCAAUUUCAUACCCGCAAGCCGAAGUCGGUUUUCGUCAACGUGAACGGGCAGUCGCUCGAAUACCAGAUCCUGAACGUGUGCGAGUUUAACUCCACGCGGAAGCGCAUGUCGACUGUCGUGCGGUGCCCGGACGGUAAAGUCAAGCUGUACUGCAAGGGCGCGGACACGGUCAUUCUCGAACGUCUCAGCGAGAAGCAGCCGUUCACCGAGAAGACGCUCAUGUACCUCGAGGAGUAUGCCACGGAGGGCCUGCGUACGCUCUGCAUUGCAUUCCGGGACAUUCCCGAGGCCGAGUACCGCGAUUGGGUUACGAUCUACGAGCAGGCGGCCACGACGAUCAACGGACGAGGCGAGGCACUGGAUAAGGCCGCCGAGCUGAUUGAAAAGGAUUUGUUUCUGCUAGGCGCGACCGCGAUCGAGGAUAAACUGCAGGACGGCGUGCCAGAUACGAUCCAUACACUGCAGAUGGCGGGGAUCAAGGUCUGGGUCCUCACUGGCGAUCGGCAAGAGACGGCCAUCAACAUCGGUAUGUCAUGUAGGCUUAUUUCUGAGUCUAUGAACUUGAUUAUUGUGAAUGAGGAAACGAUGCUCGAGACGCAGGAAUUCAUCACGAAGCGCCUGUCCGCGAUUAAGAACCAGCGCAGCACCGGCGAACCGGGCGAGUUGGAGGAUCUUGCGCUAAUCAUCGACGGCAAGAGUCUCGGAUUCGCACUGGAAAAGGAAAUCGCCCUUGCGUUCCUGGAGCUUGCUCUGAUGUGCAAAGCUGUGAUCUGUUGCCGUGUCUCGCCACUUCAAAAGGCGCAAGUCGUCAAGUUGGUGAAGAAGAACCAGAAAUCGAUCCUGCUUGCAAUUGGAGACGGUGCGAAUGACGUGAGCAUGAUCCAAGCUGCGCACGUCGGCGUCGGCAUAUCGGGUCUGGAGGGUUUGCAAGCUGCUCGAUCUGCGGAUGUCGCUAUCUCACAAUUCCGACAUUUGAAGAAGUUGUUGCUUGUGCAUGGCGCUUGGAGUUAUCAACGGCUGUCGAAACUGCUGCUUUAUUCUUUCUACAAGAACAUCGUGCUCUAUAUGACGCAAUUUUGGUACUCGUUCUUCAAUAGCUUCUCCGGCGAGAGUAUCUACGAGUCAUGGACGCUGUCCAUGUACAACGUCGUCUUCACUCUGCUGCCGCCAUUCGUUAUUGGCAUCUUUGACCAGUUCGUCUCGGCUCGGAUUCUCGAUCGUUAUCCACAGCUGUACAUGCUCGGACAGAAGAACGUGUUCUUCACGAAGACUGCGUUCUGGCUGUGGAUAGCCAAUGCGUUCUACCAUAGCAUAGUCCUGUUCGGCUUUUCGGUGAUCCUUUUCUGGGGAGAUCUCAAACAAUCGACGGGUUAUGACUCCGGUCAUUGGUUCUGGGGAACGGCGCUGUAUCUCGCAGUCCUGCUUACCGUACUUGGCAAGGCUGCCCUAAUAUCCGAUUUGUGGACGAAAUACACUGUUGCUGCUAUUCCUGGAUCAUUUGUGUUCGCGAUGGUCUUCCUGCCGAUUUACGCUGUCGUUGCUCCAGCGAUCGGGUUUUCAACAGAGUACUAUGGCCUGGUGCCUCGUCUAUGGAGCGAUGCAGCCUUUUAUUUCAUGCUGAUCCUGAUACCUAUCUUUUGCCUCACGAGAGACUUUGUUUGGAAAUACUAUCGCCGAACGUAUAAUCCGCAGACCUAUCACAUUGCUCAGGAGAUUCAGAAAUACAACAUCCCUGACUAUCGUCCGCGGCAAGAGCAGUUUCAAAAGGCGAUCAAGAAAGUGCGCGCGGUACAGCGCAUGCGGCGGAACAGAGGGUUCGCGUUCAGCCAAACAGAAAAUGCUGCGCGGCAAGACCAGACGAGAGUUAUCCGUGCGUACGAUACAUCGAGGACGGGCGCACGACCGUCAGGAUACUAGUUGCGAACGGUGUAUAUCUUUAUGGGGACAAUGUACUAUACGCUAUAUUGCGAUGCGCUCUAAUCGUACGAUACAUAGCGACGAGUGGAAUCUUCUCCCGCGACAGCGUUA